CCUGCCGCCUCUGUCUCUCCAAAAGCCAGGGCUCUCUAGAAUCAUCAUGGAUUUGCUUGGUGCAGCAACCAUCCAGUUUGGCUUUGAUCUUUUCAAAGAGUUGAAUAAAUCAAAGGAUGGCAACAUCUUCUUUUCCCCUGCGGGCAUCUCAACUGCCAUCGGCAUGCUCCCCCUAGGGGCCCGAGGAGCCACCGUGGCCCAGCUACAGAAGGUGCUUUGCUCUGAAAAAGACACAGAAAGCUCAAGAAUCAUAGCUGAAAAAAAGAGCGUGAUUGAGAAGAGAGAUGAGCUACAUCACCAAUUCCAAAAGUUUUUGACUGAGAUAAGCAAACCCACUAAUGAUUAUGAACUGAAAAUAGCCAACAGGCUAUUUGGAGAAAAGACCUACCUCUUCCUUCAGAAAUACUUAGAUUAUGUUGAGAAAUAUUACCAUGCUUCUCUGGAACCUGUUGAUUUUGUAAAUGCAGCUGAUGAAAGUCGGAAGAAGAUUAAUUCCUGGGUUGAAAGCCAAACGAAUGAAAAAAUCAAGGACCUGUUUCCAGAUGGCUCUCUAAGCAGCUCCACUAAGCUGGUGGUGCUGAACAUAGUUUAUUUUAAAGGGCAAUGGGACAGGGAGUUUAAAAAAGAAAAUACCAAGGAGGAGGAAUUUUGGCUGAAUAAGACUACAAGUAAAUCUGUGCUGAUGAUGACACAGCGCCAUUCCUUCAAAUUCACUUUCCUGGAAGACUUGCAGGCCAAAAUUCUGGGGAUACCAUAUAAAAACAAUGACCUAAGCAUGUUCGUGUUGCUGCCCAAUGAUGUAGAUGGUCUGGAGAAGAUUAUGGAUAGACUAACUCCCGAGAAAUUGGUAGAGUGGACUAGCCCAGGGCAUAUGGAAGAAAGGAAUGUGACUUUGCAUUUGCCCAGGUUCGAAGUGGAGGAUAGUUACGAUCUGGAGGCUGACUGGGCGGCCAUGGGGGUGGAGGAUGCCUUCAGUGAGCACACAGCUGACUACUCCGCGAUGUCCUCACGCUCAGGGCUGGAUGUCCAGAAGUUCCUGCACAGGUCCUUUGUGGUGGUAACUGAGGAAGGUGUCGAGGCUGCAGCUGCCACUGGCGUAGGCUUUGCUGCCGCAUCAGCGCCAGUUUAUGAAAAGUUUCACUGCAAUCACCCUUUCUUGUUCUUCAUCAAGCACAAUGAGUCCAACAGCGUCCUAUUCUUUGGCAGAUUUUCUUCUCCUUAGGACAGUCAUUGCCUUGGCAGAAAACUGGUAUUGGAGUAUUAACACUACUGUGAAAUAGCCCAUUCUUUUAAAAUUUCUUUUCCUGUCUUGCACUCUGUCUUACUAGCAAAAUCAAUGAUUUAAUGACUGUAAUAGGGUGUGUAUGCGUGUUUUUCAUUUUCCUUAAAAGUGAAAUGUCCUUUUGUUUGUGCCAUGCAUAAAGUGAGAUAAAUCAAAGUUCAUUAAUAAUCUCUUGUUGAUUUCUUCUGAAAGUAAAUCAAUGUAAUGUAGUUUUGUGCACCAAUGAAGAGAAGCAGUCUCUUCAGUAAAGA